AUGAUUCCUGGGUCCACUUGUGCACCUGUGUUCAAUAUUCUUGAGACCCAGUAUUAUGCUCCUGAACUGACACUUAAGGUGCCUGAGUCAUAUUGCUACACCUCUCAGCUCAAGCACCUAUUUAAACUUGAGAAUCAUGUCAACACAGAUGAUUAUGAGGAGAAGUUUAGGAAAAUGAAAAGUUCUAUGAAGAACUUACAAGGUCUUGGAGGUCAUAGAAGUGUUUCGUACAAAGACUUAUGCAUGUUCCCUAAUGUCCACUUUCCUAUUGAUUUCAAGGUCGCAAAGUUUGACAAAUAUGAUGGACAUGGUGAUCCUAUGGUCCAUUUAAAGAGGUAUUGUAAUCAAUUGAGAGGAGCUGGGGGUAAGCAAGAGCUGCUUAUGGCCUACUUAGGUGAGAGUUUGACGGGUUUAGCCUCAGAAUGGUUCAUUGAUCAAGAAUUCACUAAGUGGUAUAUUUGGGACGACAUGGCUCAAGAAUUUGUGCCGCAAUUCCAAUACAAUAUAGACUUAGUUCCUGACAAGAAGUCUCUGAUCAAUUUGAAGAAGAAAACUGUAGAAAAUUUUGGGGAAUUUGCCAUCAGGUGGCGGGAGCAGGCUGCAAGGGUGAGACCACCGCUGAAAGAAAGCGAGGUUGUGGAGACUUUUAUCCAAGCUCAUGAUGAAGAAUAUUAUCAACACAUGCUCCCUGCCUUAGGUAAAUCAUUUGUUCAAGCCAUCAAAAUGGGGGAGAUGAUAGAAGAUAGGUUUAGAACAGGACGUAUUGUGAGUUUUCCUACCUUUAAAUCCACCACACAUGCAAGUGAAAGUUGGUCAAGAAAUAUUGGGAUAGAGAGGGAUGGAAAUUCUGAUGUUGUAAUGAUUGGAUCUGGACAAGGUCAAGGAACUGCCAGAAGAACGGGAAGCCAGUCAGGACCUGCCUGGAGAAUGGGAGGAAGUUCAAAUAGCAUGAUCCGCCAGGUCAUCAGGAACCCGCCUGGAGAAUUGGGACAAUUUUCAAUUUCAAGUUCAGGAGCCCGACUGAAGAAUAGGGUGUACUUUCAGUCGGUUUCAAGUUAUGUCAGAAGUAGCAGGAGCCCCGCCUAG